UAAGGAAGGAAGGUCCAGUCGCACAAUAAUUCCCAAAAUUACAACCUUGCCCCGUCAAAGAAAAACACGCAAAGAGAGAGAGAAAGGAAGAGAGAAAAAGAGACCCAAAAAACUAAAAAAAAAAACGGGUUGGAUUGUGUGAAAUGCUGGUGACGGAGUUGCAACGCGGUGGCGGUGCCACGGCGGUGUGAGAUCUCCCGGCGGCGCGGAGCAUUUCUGAGGCGAGAUGGGUUCGGGGCAGAUUGGCGGCGGCGGGGGCGGCGGCGGGGGAGGUGGUUGUUCGAACGGCGGUAACGGGAGUUGUUGUGAUAUGAGUGUGAAGUGUUCGUGUAGGUGGAGAUUGGAGAACCAACAAUACUACAAGCGGUUAUUUUCUUCUGGUUUCGUUUUCUUCUUCGGGUGUUUCGUUUUGUUCGGAUCCAUUGCCACCCUCUACGGUUGGCUUGCUUUUUCCCCCACAGUGCACUCCGCUCUCUCCCCUUUCGGUUGUCGUGACGACAAUGAGGGUUCUUGGUCUAUUGGGAUUUUCUACGGUGACUCCCCUUUCGCUCUUCAACCGAUAGAAGCUACGAAUGUAUCGAACGAUGAUACUGCGGCUUGGCCGGUCGCCAAUCCUGUGGUGACGUGUGCUUCAGUUUCUGAUGCUGGUACCCCCAGUAAUUUCGUUGCUGACCCUUUUCUUUUUAUUCAGGGAAAUACUUUUUACCUGUUCUAUGAGACAAAAAAUUCAAUUACUAUGCAAGGUGAUAUUGGAGUUUCUAAAAGUACCAACAAGGGAGCAACAUGGAAACAACUGGGAAUUGCCUUGGAUGAGGAUUGGCAUCUUUCUUAUCCUUAUGUCUUUGAGCAUGAUGGCCAGAUAUAUAUGAUGCCUGAGGGCAGCCAGAAGGGAGAUCUUCGUAUCUACCGUGCAGUUAACUUUCCUUUGCAGUGGAGAUUGGAAAAGGUCAUCAUGAAAAAGCCACUUGUUGAUUCUUUUAUAACCAAUUAUGGUGGGAAGUACUGGCUUUUUGGCUCAGAUCAUAGUGGUUUUGGCACCAAGAAAAAUGGGCAGUUGGAGAUUUGGUAUAGCAAUUCGCCUCUCGGUCCUUGGAAACCCCACAAGAAGAAUCCCAUUUAUAACAUUGACAAGAGCUUGGGAGCUCGCAAUGGAGGCAGACCAUUUAAAUAUGAAGGAAAUCUUUAUCGGACGGGUCAAGACUGUGGCGAUACAUAUGGGAGACGGGUGCGUGUCUUUAAGAUAGAAACGCUCACUAGUAAUGAAUACAAAGAAGUUGAAGUACCCUUAGGCUUUGUUGAAUCAAAUAAGGGUCGUAAUGCUUGGAAUGGUGCUCGAUACCAUCACUUAGAUGUGCAACAUCUGCCUUCUGGUGGCUGGGUUGGUAUCAUGGAUGGGGAUCGUGUUCCUUCUGGAGAUUCAGUCCGGAGAUUCACAGUUGGCUGUGCUUCUGUUGCAGUUGCUUCUAUACUCAUUGUGCUACUGGGCGUGUUACUUGGAUUUGUGAAUUGUAUUGUUCCUGUCAAUUGGUUCAUUCAUAACUCUGGGAAGAGGAAUUUAACUUUCUUGUCGUGGGAAAGGUCAAAUGUGUUAUCUUCAAGAGUGAGACGGUUUUGCAGAUGCCUGAACCGUGCCCCAACAUUUCUCCGAGGUAAGAUAAAGCAUAAUACCUGUGCUAGGAGGUUUAUUCUAGCUAUAAUAUUUGCUGUGGGGGUUGGAUUGAUGUGCAUAGGAGUGAAAAAUAUUUAUGGUGGUAACGGUUCUGAAGAACCUUACCCCUUGAAAGGGCAAUAUUCCCAGUUCACAUUACUAACAAUGACCUAUGAUGCUCGACUCUGGAAUCUGAAAAUGUAUGUGAAACAUUACUCAAGAUGCUCUUCUGUGCGUGAGAUAGUUGUGGUGUGGAACAAGGGAGUCCCUCCGGAAUUGAGUGAUCUAGAUUCUGCAGUACCAGUGAGGAUCAGGAAAGAGGAUAAGAACUCUCUGAAUAAUCGGUUCAAGGCUGAUACAUUGAUAAAGACACGGGCAGUCCUCGAGCUUGAUGACGACAUUAUGAUGCCAUGCGAUGAUAUUGAGCGAGGUUUUAAGGUGUGGCGGCAGCACCCAGAUCGGAUUGUUGGAUUCUAUCCUCGGCUUAUUGCUGGGAGCCCUUUAAAAUACAGGGGAGAAAAAUACGCACGGAUGCAUAAAGGGUACAACAUGAUUCUUACUGGUGCAGCUUUUAUUGAUUCUCAAGUAGCUUUCAAGAGGUACUGGAGCAAGGAAGCAGCGCAAGGGAGGGAACUGGUGGACAGGUUUUUUAACUGUGAAGAUGUGCUCUUAAAUUAUCUGUAUGCAAAUGCAAGCUCAUCACCGAGGACUGUUGAUUAUGUGAAACCGACUUGGGCCAUUGACACUUCAAAGUUUUCAGGUGCGGCGAUUAGCCGAAACACGAAUGUGCAUUAUGGAUUGAGAAGCAAAUGCCUGAUGCAAUUUUCAGAGAUGUAUGGAAGUUUAGAUGGUCGUAAAUGGGGAUUUGACAGUAGGAAGGAUGGUUGGGAUGUAUAGUAGGGAGUUUUUGUUAUAGCUAGGUCCUUGCCAACUUUUGUAUUUUUCAUCUUUUGAGGGUAUAAAGUCUUCUUGUCCAUACUUGUACCCCACUGUGAAUCUUAUUUUAGGGGGUUUUCCAAUAGAAUGAAUGUCUGCAACAUGUAAAUUGGUUCCAUAAUGGCCUUUUCAUGUUAUAGUAUUUUUUAAUUUGUGCCUCCAACCCCCCGGGGGUAUUUUGUGAUAGUGUUGGGAUGGAAGGGAACAUAGGAACAGAAACAUUCAACAAAUGGAAAAUAGGAGUAUAACUGUUUCCUAAAGACAUUUCUUCCUUAGAAACUGUAAUUCUGAUCCUGGCAUUGAUUCUAAUUUUCAUGGCUUUUUGACUGUUUCUAAGCCUUUAAAGGGUGGCUUUCUUUUGUUCUUAGAUUGACUUUGGUUUCUGGUUUAGGGGGGAUGAAUAUGAACUAUAACAAAAUAGACCAGAAAGUCAUGAUGGCAUAUUGUGUUA